AUGGAUUCCAUCUUGAAUUCAACAGUGGAUGCCUUAACCAGUCAAGGACAAGCCAAUGGUAACAACAAUACGACUACACCAUCAAUUGCAAACGGUUCCAACACUAAUAAUCCUCAGGAUUCUGAUCCAAAUACUACUAUUAGUGUUUCUUCUUUGGAACAAAGAACGUUGGCUCCAGAAAGAUUUUUAUAUGUGGAAUUGGUAAAAUCUCACUUGGGUGAACGUGCUUCUAAAAUGGUAGAGCUAUUAUUGUCAUUAGGAAGGUUAAGCGUUCAUGAUAUGGUUGACAAAUUAACAAACUUCACUUAUGAAUCUGCUAAGGCAACCUUGGUCUCUUUAAUUCAAUUGCGUUGCGUACGUUAUUUGGAGGAAACUUCAUUCUCAGGGAAAAAAACUACUUAUUAUUACUAUAAUGAAGAUGGGUUUUUAUUAUUUUUAUAUUCAGGUUCCAUUAUUGAAGAAAUGCACAAUUAUUUCCCACAACGUGCCAAAAGUCAAGAUUCAAAAUUAUCAUUAGCUGCACAUAUUAUUCAAAACAUUUUAUCCCUAGGUUCUGUCACUCUGAAAGAUUAUUUACAAAGUGCAUCCUCAGAUAUAUCUACGCAUGAAUUAACAGCCAUGUUUGUUCAAUUAGUUGAAUCAGAAUUUUUGAUACCAAUAACAAAGUUAAAUUAUACACCAAUCAAUGACCUUUGGAAUCUUUUGUUUGAAAAAGAAUAUAAAUUAAUUCCAAGAACUUCAACUCUAUCAGAUUUGAAGAAAAGAACUGAAGCAAAAGCAAAGGCAAAGGAACAAUUUGAAAAUCUAUUAAACGUAUCAAAUAAUACUUCAAAAAUAAUAACAACAGAUCCAAGAACAUCUUUGAAAACUGUCAUUAAAACUAUCCCAUUGACUUUCAAUUUAGAUAGAUUUUUGAAAAUAAGAAGAACUAAACAACUGACUCAUUUCGCCAAAUCAAGAAUUAGUUCUGCAUCUUCUCAAGUAUACAAAAUUGCCUUAAAAUUAACAGAACAAAAAUCACCUAAUCUGUAUAAUCCAUUAAUAAAGACAGGUUUAUUACAAGAUUUGGACGAGGCUAUAGGUAUUAAAGAAGAAUUAGAAUUGAAAGAGGAAAAAACUCCUGGAGUCACAUUUAAUGCUAUUGACGUUUCUAAACAUAUGACUCCAUAUAUUAACUUGACUGGUACAUUGACAUCAUUUGUAAAAAAAAAUAGUAAUAAUAAACGUUCCAAUGAUGAAUCUAACGAUGCUAACAAUAAAAGAUUGAAAACGGAGGAUGGGUUUACAAUCCCCUCUUUACCAGCAGGAUUAGAAAGUAUACAAGAAGAUGACAAUGAAGAUCAAAACCAAAAUCAAAAUCAAGAUGAUAUGGAGUUUGAUGAAAAUGAUACUGAUCCACAUUCAAUAACUUUGAUUAACAAUCAUUUGAAAUUACUUGCGUCUUCAAAAAUCCCAUUUUUACAAGAAACGAGACCAGGUGUCUUCUAUGUCCCAUAUAGUAAAUUAAUUCCUAUGUUAAAAUCAUCAAUGUACGAUUAUAUCUUAGUGUCUACACUCGGUCCAUCAGCAAUGAGAAUUCGUCGCUGUAUAACUGUCAAUGGGUUAGUUUCUGAAAAAGUUAUUACACAAACAGCAUUGAUGAAAGAAAAGGAUAUCAGAUCAACAAUAUCUUCUUUAAUCAAAUACAACGUGGUUGAAAUUCAAGAGGUUCCAAGAACAGCAGAUAGAGCCGCAUCAAGAGCUGUAUUUCUUUUCAGAUGUAAUGAAAAGCAAUCCUAUAAUUUCAUGAAACAAAACUUAACAUGGAAUAUUGCAAAUCUAUUAUAUAAAAAGGAAAUCUUGAGAAACGAAAAUUCAACACUACUAACAAAAGCUAAUAGAGAUGAUGUGAAGGGUAGAGAAGCUGAAUUAUUAUUACCAAGUGAAUUAAAUCAACUAAAGAUGGUAAAUGAACGUGAAUUGAAUACUUUCGGGCGUAUAUCCAGAGUUUUAUCGCUAUGGGAAGUGUUCAGUUUGUGUUAA